AAAGUCAUUGCAGUUAGGGUUCUAAGGGAUGUAUAGGAGUUUGGCAGCAACCAGGAAGAGGGAAUGUCAUGUGCACAGGCUCAGAAACAUGGAGUGGAGGUGCAUUUGGGGGAACAAGUUUCGGGUGUAUGAAAUGUGUGAGGGUGGAGGCAUUGAGAAUGGCAAGCAGAGGGAUCCUGGAUGUUAUCCUGAGGGUGGUGGGGAGCCGUAGAAGGUGUUAGAGCAGAGGUGGAACAAGGUCAGAUCUGCAUGUUGGACUGGAAUGGACUGGAGGCAGGCUGAGGUCUGGACAGAGAGAGAUUCAGGACGGACAAGGGGCAGGACCGGCACGUAAGCUGCAAGAGUGAGCGGCCUGUGGGAUGGCAGUUCCGUUUUCUCCACGCGUCUGCUGACAGCCCAGCUUCCUGCCGAGUUAUUUUCAUCUGCUUCCUGUUUGUCUUUGGCCGCCAAGGAGGGCACUAUGAUCUCUCCUGCCAGAAACCGCAGUGCCAGGGCCAUGCUAAACACUCUGGCCUGCUCCCCACAGGUGCCCAUUUUACAGAUGAGGAAACUGAGGCCCAGAGAGGGGCCCUGACUCCUGGCUCAACCAGCCAAGGAGGGGCCAGAGCCUGGAUUCGACCUCAGACUGGAGAGACCUCAGCUUUGUAGGAGCUAAUGGGCUCUGCUGGCCGGGCCUCUGCUGGGUCGGGGGGUAUCAGCCCCCAGGACUAUCCGGUCCUGGGGUGGGGCUGGAGUUGUUUCCUGGGGAAACUCUAAUCUCGGUUCCUUUCCGAUCCUGGUGCUUCCUUGGAGGCCAGGCCUGGGCAGGGUUGAGCCAGUGGGCGUCGUGCAGGAGGAUGGGCCAGGGCAGGGGCACCCUUCUUUGAGUGUUGGGGCAGCCCUGGGCCAGGGGAAGGGUCUGGAGCAGAGAGCAUGUGGGUUUGCAUCCUGCUGCUGCCGCUGCCAGGCUGUGAGACUGGAUCAGCUGUCCCUUCUCUAAGCCUCUGGCAUUUCAUCUGUGAAACGGGGCAAUGAUACGCCCUGGGGAGUUGCUGACUGUAACCAGAUGUCCUCAGCUCACAGUAAUUGUUGUGGGGACAGUGAGAGGGCUUGGGGACCCCGUGCUGUCUACCUAGGAAGCAGUGGGCGGCGGGAUCCAGGUGGGCGGGGUCUCCCCACACCUCCCCACGCCUCCCCACGCCCUGUACCUGGGCCUGUUUCCCUGCCUGCCCUUGGCCGGUCCCAUCCCGAAUCAAAUUGCAUCUCCCUGGGUCCCAGGCUCCUGCUACCUGAGACUGGGGAGCUAGCAGGACGCCGGGGCGGAGCUUUCCUCAGAGGGGGACGGGUCUUCGGACCGGCCAGAGCCGGUUUGCUUGCAGAGGACCUGGCACCAAAGACCCCGGACCAGCCAGUUGCCUAGCCCGGCCUGCGCAUUCACGGUCCCUGCGCCCUGACGGCUGCGCCAUGUGUAUCUGCGGGACAGUGCACCCGGCGCUGGAGCAGGCGCCGGUGCGCUGCCAGGCGGGGCCCCGAGACCUCCUAGAGGCCCGCCGGCCGCUUGCCCAUGAGUGCCUGGGUGAGGCCCUCCGCGUGAUGCACCAGGUCAUCUCCAAGUACCCACUGCUGAACACCGUGGAGUCGCUCACAGCUGCCGGCACCCUCAUUGCCAAGGUCAAAGCCUUCCAUUAUGAGUGCAACAAUGAUUCGGACAAGCAGGAGUUUGAGAAGGCCUUGGAGACCAUCGCAGUCUCCUUCAGCAGCACUGUGUCCGAGUUCCUCAUGGGUGAAGUGGACAGCAGCAUCCUCCUCUCAGUGCCCCGUGGGGACCCGGGCCAGUCAAUGGAGAACCUGUAUGGACAGGGGAGUGAGGGUGCCCCCCUCAGCAGUGAGGACUGUGAUGAGGGCUGCCUCUCCCCGGAGGCGGUGGACACGCUGCUGCAGCGCUGUGAGGGGGGUGUGCACGCCGCGCUGCAGUACGCCAAGAACAUGGCCAAGUACAUGAAGGACCUCAUCGGCUACCUGGAGAAGAGGAACGCGCUGGAGAUGGACUUUGCCAAAGGCCUGCAGAAGAUCGUCCAGAACUGCAGACAGAGCGUCAUGCAGGAGCCGCACAUGCCCCUCCUGUCCAUCUACUCGCUGGCCCUGGAGCAGGACCUGGAGUUCGGCCACGGCCUGGUACAGGCGGUGGGCACUCUGCAGACCCAGACCUUCGUGCAGCCCCUGAACCUGCGGCGGCUCGAGCACGAGAAGCGCAGGAAGGAGAUCAAGGAGUCUUGGCACCGCGCCCAGAGGAAGCUGCAAGAAGCAGAGUCCAAUCUGCGCAAGGCCAAGCAGGGCUACGUUCAGCGCUGCGAAGACCACGACAAGGCCCGCUUCCUAGUGGCCAAGGCGGAGGAAGAGCAGGUGGGCGCUGGCCCGGGUGCAGGGGGCGUGGCCUCCAAGACCCUGGACAAGAGGCGGCGCCUGGAGGAGGAGGCCAAAAACAAGGCGGAGGAAGCCAUGGCCACAUACCGCACGUGCGUGGCGGACGCUAAGACGCAGAAGCAGGAGCUUGAGGACACCAAGGUGACAGCACUCCGGCAGAUCCAGGAGGUCAUCCGGCAGAGCGACCAGACCAUCAAGUCGGCCACCAUCUCCUAUUACCAGAUGAUGCACAUGCAGACGGCCCCGCUGCCUGUGCACUUCCACAUGCUGUGCGAGAGCAGCAAGCUGUACGACCCAGGCCAGCAGUACGCCUCCCACGUGCGCCAGCUGCAGCGCGGCGAGGAGCCAGACGUGCACUACGACUUUGAGCCCCACGUCUCCGCCAACGCCUGGUCCCCGGUCUUGCGCGCCCGAAAGAGCAGCUUUAACGUCAGCGAUGCUGCGGUGGCGGAGGCCGCGGCCUGCCCCCCAGAGGAAGGUGGGCCCGGCGACGGGGAGCUUGCCAAGGAGCGCAGGGGUGGGCGCGGACACCAGGUGCACAAGUCGUGGCCGAUCGCCAUCUCAGACUCUGACGCCAGUCUGGACCCCAGCCCUGGCUCAGGGGACUUUAAGAAGUUCGAGCGCAUGUCUUCCAGUGGCACCAUGUCGUCCAGCGAGGAGCUGGCCGACCAGGAGAGCAGCACAGGCGCAUCAGCCUUUGACCAGGAUGAUCUCAAUGGCAUGGCCCCGGAGCUGCCUGUGGCCAUGCCCAGCGGGCCCUUCCGCCAUGUGGGGCUGUCCAAGGCGGCCCGUACCCACCGGCUCCGGAAGCUCCGCUCGCCGGCCAAGUGCCGGGAGUGCAACAGCUACGUGUACUUCCAGGGCGCCGAGUGUGAGGAGUGCUGCCUGGCCUGCCACAAGAAGUGCCUGGAGACCCUGGCCAUCCAGUGUGGCCACAAGAAGCUGCAAGGCCGCCUGCAGCUCUUUGGCCAGGACUUCAGCCAGGCCGCCCGCAGCACCCCGGACGGUGUGCCCUUCAUCGUCAAGAAGUGUGUCUUCGAGAUCGAGCAGCGGGCGCUGCGCACCAAGGGCAUCUACCGGGUCAAUGGGGUGAAAACACGUGUGGAGAAGCUGUGCCAGGCCUUCGAGAACGGCAAAGAGCUGGUGGAGCUGUCGCAGGCCUCGCCCCACGACAUCAGCAACGUCCUCAAGCUCUACCUGCGCCAGCUGCCUGAGCCACUCAUCUCCUUCCGCCUCUACCAUGAGCUUGUGGGGCUGGCCAAGGACAGUCUGAAGGCAGAGGCCGAGGCCAAGGCGGCAACCCGAGGCCGGCCGGAUGUCACCGAGAGAGAGGCUGUGGCCGUGGCCAUGGCGGGCCGGCUGCGGGAGCUCCUGCGGGACCUGCCGCCAGAGAACUGGGCCACGCUGCAGUACCUGAUGCGGCACCUGCGCAGGAUCGUGGAGGUGGAGCAGGACAACAAGAUGACACCGGGGAACCUGGGCAUUGUGUUUGGGCCCACGCUGCUGCGGCCCCGGCCCACUGAGGCCACCGUGUCCCUCUCCUCCCUGGUGGACUACCCACACCAGGCCUGCAUCUUGGAGACGCUCAUCACCCACUACAGCCUGGUCUUUGAGGAGGAGCCCGAGGUGGCAUCUGGGUGCCAGGAUGUGACGUCCAACCAGGGGGCCGAGGUGGUGGUCCAGGAGCCGUAUCCGGAGGCCAGCGGGGGCAUGGCCUCACCCCUGCCGGAGGAGGCUGAGGAUGGGGGCCUUGAACCCCACAUUGCCUCCAAUGACUCCGACUCAGAACUGGAGGAGGCCUCGGACCUGCCAUCCCUGGCGGGUGGGGCGGCCCUGCACCGCCUUGGCUUCCUGGAGAAGUUGGGCGGCGUGGAGGGCGGCCGGGACAGCCGCAGUGGCAGUGAGGAGCAGCUGGGCACUGCUACCGGGGAGGAGGAGGAUGGGCCCGGGCCUGGGGUCUGGGAGGACCUCGGGGAGGAGCCGGCCCAGCGGCUCGCCGAGCACAAUACCAACCAGUGCAACAACGUGGCUGUGGCCCGUCUGCCAGCCGUGAGGCUCCGUGGCGGGCGGCUGGCAGGGGGCGUGGGCUGGGAGAGGCGGCCAGAGUUCGUGUAGCUGGGGCAGCGGGCAGGUCUGCUCCAGGCUCCUGUCCCUGUGGACAUGUCACCGAGAGGCCUCUCCUUCCGCCCACAGCGGCGAGGGCAUCACUGGCCAACUUUUCCAGAAGCUUCUGCCCGCGCUGCUCCGCACGCCCACCAGGCCCCACUCCUCUGAGCUGGGGGAUUCUGCUCUUGGAGUCGCCCCGGCUGUGAUGGAGGGACCCUGCCCACCCUGGCGCUGGGCCGUGGAGGCCGCACGGCAGCUGGGAGGAGGGCUGGACGCCUUAGUGGAUGGUGGGCAGGCAGCCUUGGGAUGCCCUGGCUUUUACGGAAAACUGGGUUUGGAUACCUGGGGCUGAGGAUGCAGUGAAGUUCCACGAUGGAGUUCUUUGACAGGCACAUUCCUUUUGCAUAAAAUAAAGUCUUUAACCUCA